AUGGAAACCAUCAAUGCAGAGAAAGCCAUCGGAAUCGCCAACAGUGCAGAAGGUAUCCUAAUCGCCACCAGCUCGUCCGCCAAGGGUGACAUGGUAGGCAUGGGAGGCAGCAUUAAGGACACCUAG